AUGCUCGUUGUACUCAAUUUUCUGCCGUGUUCAUUCCUGACGCUCUUCUUGCCUUUAUUUUCCACUAUCCUUGGAGUCGUCUCCGCCGUACCUCUAACAUCCUAUGAUUCCUCUAAAGGCCAACUUGAACAACGUGCUCCAACUGUUCACAACGUCUACCUCUACCGUUCAAACAAAGGGUUGAAAGUUCGGGAGAAGAUCGACGCAGAAUUUGUCCUUUCUCAGGACCAAGACUGGGAGAUUACUUUUGGCAGUGGACCCGGCCUCAGGUCCCAAGAACUCAUACGUGGCAUCUGGGCUAUUGAAAUCAUCGAGGAUAAAAAAUAUCGUUUGGGGGAUCUUUUGGGGUUUAUCAGCAUAAAAAACUCAGAGCGUAAGAAGAUGUUUGAGGAUAUCAAGAAACUCAGAGGGUCCACGAAAUUUGAUGUGCAGAACAGGUUGAUGGGUUUCUUCAAGGCGAGUAACGAUGGAGUGAAGUUUACUGGGAAUAUUGACCAUAUGGGGAAUGAUUGGAAGGGAGAUGCUUGGGAUAAUGCAUAUAUGGCUAUGACGGAUCCCGGAGAAUAUAAGAAAAAGUUACAAGUGGGAAGAGGGAAGUGGAAUGUCGAAUUACGGUUAGAGGAGCAAAAGAAAGCAAUGGGGUCAUCAUAA